AUGUCUAAACAGGGGUAUAUGUCGCUGCCGCCGAGGGACUCUCCUGCUCCAAGCCCGCCACUGAACACCCAGUGGAGGCGAAUAUCCUUCAGACUUUUGUCGCACCACCGCUUUGUGGGCAACGUAUUGCAUUUUGACGAACCCAACGGUGGUGAGGGGUCCUCCUACUUCAGCUGGGAGAGCAUUAAACCCCAGGAAUCAUUCGAGUUUGUGCCGUGUUUCGUUUCGUUUCAGUGCGCCCGUCUCUCCGUACCUCUGAACUGGAAUACUACGGCAGAGCAAAGAGAGAACGGCCCUCGCGCGGCUAUCGCAGUCAUCAAGCUCCCUGCCAAGGUCCCCGUGACCGACCCGCGAUAUGGAGGGCCGAUUCUGCUGAACCCCGGCGGCCCCGGUGAGUCGGGGGUCUUUCAGACUCUGGGUGAUGGGAAGAGCCUGCAGAGUAUUCUUGAUAACUCUUUGGAGCCGGGCUCCCCUAAAUCCGGCUCAUCGAGUGGCAAGUACUUUGAUAUUCUGUCCUUUGACCCAAGAGGGGUGAACAACACCACGCCUUCUUUGAAAUGUUUCAUAGAUGCCUUCAAUCAGCAGGCUUGGCUCCUGGGUCUACCUGACUAUGGCCUGCUUUGGCAUAGCGAGACCACCAUCGGAAUGGAAUGGGCCAAGGCGGAGGCGCUGGGUUUAAGUUGCUCAUAUGGGGAAGGCGAUCACGGCAUACUGCGCUACCUCAACACUGCACAGACUGUAGAAGACAUGUUGCAGAUCGUAGAGCAACACGGGAAAUGGAGGGCACUAGAGGUGACUAGGCUGUUGUCCGCUGCGAAGCCGGUUGACCAAGAGAAAACACGCGAGAUCAUAGAGCGCACUGCGUAUAAGCCAGGCAAGGAAUUGAUGCAGUAUUGGGGCAUGAGCUAUGGUACAAUCAUCGGCUCAACCUUUGCAGCAAUGCAUCCAGACCGAGUUGGCAGUCUCGUUAUUGAUGGAGUAGUUGAUCCGGCAGACCAUUACGCAGGUGCCUGGCUCACUCAGCUACAGGAUUCCGACAUGAUCAUCUCGAAGCACUGCGACUAUUGUUUCCAAGCGGGCCCAGAGGAAUGCCCUCUCUACACUGGCACAUCCCCUGCAGAUAUAGAGGCGCGAUUCACGUCUAUUCUCGCCACCCUGGAACAGAAUCCCAUCGCCAUCCCCGUGGCCCCAUCACUGGAUGGCGUCAGUUCGGGUCCCGCCAUUGUCACUUAUGGCGAUCUACACCUCAACCUGCUCUCCGGGAUGUACUUCCCCUUCGCCAUGGCGGAGAAGUUGUUCGAGAUACUCCUCGCUGUCGAGUCAAGGAACGCAUCGUCCCCAGCUCUUGUAGAAAUCGUAUCCCAGAAACAGGCCAUCCUGAACCCCUUCGCGGCCGGCCCAGCUCCAUACGUUUCCGGCUUCGGACCCUUCCAGGCUAUUUCGUGCAUGGACAGCGGGGGGCCCACGAACCUGACCCGCGAAGAGUUCCACGAAUUUGUGGCGGUUCUGCACUCUCAGGGCCGGUGGAUCAGCCGCAGCUGGGCACGCAAUAAGCUUGCCUGCCUGGGAUACACCAGCCAGCCUGCGUGGAGGCCCAGCCUGGACUUCAAAACGCAGCAGUGGGCGAACACCUCGCACCCGCUCCUCAUCAUCGGGAACACCCACGACACGGUGACGCCGAUACGCAACGCACGGCGCGUGUCGACCCUGUUCCCGGGCAGUGUCGUCCUGCAGCAGGACUCGCAGGGCCACUGCUCGCACUCGAUCCCGUCGCUGUGCACCGCCCAGGUGGUGCGUGAGUAUUUCCAGACGGGAGAGCUGCCGCAUGAGGGGGCGGUUUGCGAGCCCGCCGUGAGGCCGUUCAUUGGGUGCACCAAGGGGAGCGCGGCGGGCAGGGGUGAGUGUAUAUUUUCGUCGCCCGAGGAGACUAGGCUCUGGGAGACGAUGGUGGAUUUGGCAGAUCCAUUUGGCUUACGUUCGUAG